AUGCAGAGUGACAGAAUUCUCCAAAAAGAAAGCACACACCCAUCAGAAGACUCGAUGAAAACCCUGUCAGACAUGGAAAUAUACAGAAUAUUCACACAGGAAAGAGAAAUCCCCCUAUCACAAAAUGUAAUAAAAUACAUAAAACAGCACAUGACGUAUACCACCAUAGAAAUAUACGCAGAUAUAAUUAAAGCAAAUUAUACCACAGGGAUACUCACACAAGAAGCCGUGCACGAAUCCAUUAAAAACAUAAAGAAGGAAAGAAGAACAAUCGAAAUAUCCCCAGUGAAAUAUACACCAGAAGGUAUAAAAAGGUACAAAAUCCUUAAAGACAGGAUUAUUCAACAGAAAAAUUCAAUUGUAACACUAAAACCGAAUGUGAAUUCAAUUAUUUUCGGGAUGGUCCGCAUUUCAGAUUCUGGCCGUGUAGAAAUUGAUGAUGAAGAUGAUUCUGUCACUGUCUCUGAAAUAAAAAAUGAAUAUUUUUUAGGGAGGGGAGUCUGUGCAGGAUUUGAGGGAGUGCUCACAGAAAAUGGGUACUCUGUUGAAAAAAUACAUUUACCAGAAAGUAAAGUUCACAAUAAUAGUUCAACCCUGACUAUUCCUAAUUUUAUUGUGAUCUCACAGUUUAUACCCACAGAAGAAUCCAUAAAGCGUAUAAAUAAUAUACUGAAGGUGUACACAGAAUAUGAAAUAAAUUUAUGCGCUGUGAUUAUUAUGGUACAUGAAAGGGUGAACAUAAUAAAUGUACGUACAGAGAUAGAGAAUAAAAUAUCUGGGGAGUACAAGGAGAUUGAAUUUAUACUGAUUCCUGGAGUUGGGAGCAAGUACUUCUAUCCGCACGGAGAGUGUUCUGUGUACAGGAACAUUUCACUGGGGACAAAUCCGUGUGAAGUAAAAAUAGAGAAUAACGUAUUUUUAGUUGGCUCGUUUGAUUUAAUAGAUGGGAUACGCGAGGAGUGUGUGUUUAAUGGGGAUUUUAGGAGGGAGUUGAGUAAAACACUUUUAACACAGGCAUCGUUUAACCCAUUUAUUCAUUAUACAGACUUAUCCUAUACAGAAGAUUUCCUUGGGAUGAUUAUAGGGGAUUCUUACGACUGUUUUACGCAUACGCAUAAUAAUCAGAUAUUCUCUGUAUGCGGUGAUUUUGAGAAGAGUGAAGGACAGUUCCUUUUCUUUAAUGGGUCUGAAAGAGUAUUUGAGAUAUGUUCAUACGGCGACUUAUCAACUGAGUAAAUAGUCCAAAUCCAUAAAUCCAUAAAAAUAACGGUUAUUCCAGGA